UGGUGGAGCGGGGCCUUCUCGAUAUAUUCGUAAUCGGGAUCCUGUUGCUCUCAAAUCGUUCCGGACCCGCCCUUGGAAACACCUGCUACAGCUCCGAAGCGGGACAGCUGGAGUGCUUCAGGCCGGCCUCUUGAAGUUGCUUGCCUAAGACUUUGCAUCCUUCAAGUAACUCGGAGCUCUUUGAUUCCCGUUGGGGUUCUUGGGACAUUUGAUCAGUCGAAGGAGAAACAUGGACAACGGGGGAGGGAGCGAACAGCAGCUCUUGCCUCGGCUGUGCUGCCCAGAAAAGGGGCCGAACGGCUACGGCUUCCAUCUACACGGGGAGAAAGGCAAAACUGGCCAGUACAUCCGGCUGGUGGAGCCCGAUUCCCCGGCUGAAAAAUCCGGUCUGAAGGCUGGGGACCGCUUGAUAGAAGUAAACGGAGAGAACGUAGAGAAGGAGAGUCACCAGCAAGUAGUGAACCGCAUCCGAGGCUCGCCGGGUUCGGUGCGCUUGCUGGUAGUAGACUCGGAGACCGACGAACGUCUGCAAAAACUGGGCCUCGAGUGCCGCGAAGAAUUCAUUCGUGGGCUGCCUGAGAAGUCGGAGGCGAAAAGCGGCGGCCAGGAAGCUGCCCUGCAGGAGCAGGAGAACGAAAUGAAAGAGGAUGGAGAGGGAAGCAAUCACGCUACCCAGCGGAAGGAGUUGAGGCCUCGUCUCUGCCAGAUGAAGAAGGGUCCCAAAGGGUAUGGGUUCAACCUCCACAGUGAUAAAGUGAAGCCAGGCCAGUAUGUCCGGGCUGUGGAUCCAGAUUCUCCGGCUGAAUAUUCCGGGCUGCAGCCUCAAGACCGUAUCAUUGAGGUGAAUGGGCAAUGCAUGGAAGGCAAGCAACACUCAGACGUUGUUUCAGCCAUAAAGUCUGGAGGAGAUGAGACCAAGCUGCUGGUGGUGGAUAGUUUAACAGAUGAAUUCUUCAAGAAGUGCAAAGUCAUCCCUUCUGAAGCACAUCUGAAAGGUCUUUUACCAGAACCAGUUGCCAAUGGUGAUGUGGAGAAGGGAAACCUUAGAGAUGACCAAUCAGAGACUGAUCCUGAAAGCCCUUCUAGCCCAGUGACCCUGUCUCCUUCUUCAACUAUAAGUGAACCUUGCAUUGAGCUACACUCUCACGAGAAGGAGGAGAAACUCAGCACCACGUCUGAUCCCAUUCUUGACUUGGACAUCCCACUGGCAGUAGCUAAAGAGCGUGCCCAUCAGAAACGCACCAGCAAACGGGCACCACAAAUGGACUGGAGCAAGAAAAAUGAACUCUUUAGCAACCUGUGAAGUACCCCAACCCCCAAGCAGGGAGGUGAUGUAAGGGCAAUAUUGGAAAAUCUGGCCAGAUCACACAUACCCCACUUUCUCCUAAGCCUCCCUGUCCCGUAGAAGGAUGCAUUUCUAUCCCCUUCUUCUCUUCCCCUCUCUUUGCUUGGAAAUGUAGAUGCAAGACCUUGUGUUGCACUGUCUCUUGGCCCAAGGCAAACAAAUCACCUGACAACUCUGCCUGCACUAUUCUGGAGAAGCAGUUGUAUUUAAAGAGGAUGAUGAGAUAUUUUCAUACAUCCUCUAUAAAUAGCUUAAGUUUGCAUUCAUGUAUGCAUGCAUGCAUGCAUGUAUGCAUGUCAGGUCCAACACUGAAAUGGGGGACAGCGUGAUGCAUAGCUCUACUGUAGGUCCAUUAGGUCUUAAGACAGCUGAAGUUAAUCAUCUAAAACCAUUAAUCCCUGUAGGUCUCAGUUGACUCUCAGAGAAAUUAUGUCGGAUGCUGAUUGAACUAUUCCAGACUAUGUCAUGUCAGGACUGUAGCCUAAGCUUAGCAUAGAGUACUUUAAAUCCUAAUUUGAUUACAAAUGAACAUCCUUUUGUGGGCCAGUGCUCUGUCCUCUUUUCAAGGAACUGCUUUGCUGUGACUGGAAAGAAACAUUCCCAAUGCUCUAUCCUCUUUUUUUUUCUUUUUUUUCUUUUUGGUAAAGACCUUCCUAGAUUGCCACUAUGUGAAAGGGCUUGGUAGCAAGACUCAACACUUCUUGCAUUGCCUCAUAUGUGCUUUAGAGCUUUCAGAGAGUGGGAAGAGGAAUAAUUGAAAGCUAUUGUAGCAACGAGCCUGUGAGAUAUUUGUUUUCUUUUGGCCAAGAGAUGUGGUGGGGAUUCAUAUCUAAUGCAGCAAUUGAAAGCACACAAGGAUAAUAUCCCACGUUCAAUUUACUCCAGGAGAUGGAGCCAAUCAGGGUUUUCAAUAAUAAUGAUUAAUUAACAAUUUAUUGAUACAGUAUUUCAUUUCUGGAAUUGUUUUCUAAUUAUGGCUCGUUUCCUUGUAUCUAUGUAUAGUAUAGAAAUCAUUCCUCUUCUGUAAAAUUUGUUUUUUGUU